AUGUACGGGUUUUCCGGAAAAACGUCGUUUGCCUGUCCCCGCAACUACGAACCCGUCUGCGGCACCAACGGCGUGACCUACCCCAACGAGUGCUCCCUCUGCAAGGAAAUCUUCCGUAACCGAGCCCUGGACAAGAAGCACGAUGGAAGAUGUGUCAAGCUCGACUGUACUGGCUUCCUGAGAUCAGGCAACGGCGCUGCUAUCCCCUGCACCAUGGACUACACUCCCAUCUGCGGCACCAACGGAGUUACCUACAGAAACAAGUGCCACUUCUGCAGCGCCGUGGCGAAUGGACUGGACGUCAACCUGCGCAACAUGGGAGAAUGCUUCCAGCAAGGAGAGCAGAUUGACUGCGGCCAACAGAAGGGCGGCAACCUCAUCUGCACCUCCGAGUACAACCCGAUUUGCGGCUCUGACGGCAGAACUUACGGAAACAAGUGCCAGUUCUGCAACGCAGUUUCGCGGAGCCGGGGUCUGUUCGUCAGACACCGUGGUGAAUGCUGA